AUUGCAACCCGUCGCAGUUGCAACCAGUCGCGGUAGCAACCAGUCGCGAUAGCAACCAGACGCGGUUGCUCGACCAUAGGAAGUGAUAUCGAGUUACUGAUUGUGGUUCACUGUGUCAUAUAAAUUGUUUAUUUUUGUUUUUGUUGCCGCCGGCCGUCGCUGGUGAUUUCGCGCCAUUUCGCCACAGCUCCAGUCAUUCGCUCGCCACAGUCGGCACAGCGCGGCGGCCGACACUCGCACAAACUCAAACGAAUAAAUACGACUCCAUCCGCAACCCGCUAUAUACAAUAAUAAAUAACAAUCCGCGUCAACGACAACGACAACAUUGUGACAAACAAACAUUCCUACGCCAUCUGUGAUAAUAAUGAACACAAAAUUAAUUUAAUUUACCAGUGUUGUGAUUACUUUAAGUAAAUAAAUUCAAAUGCGACCGUCAAAAUAAAAUGUCUCGGGCCUCGGCGUUCAAAACCGUAUUUUAAUUUGGUUUGACACAAGACUGAAACAUGACGAAGUAUAAGUUGAACAAUACAGUGCGGUCCGCGUCCGAAGUGACCCUCACGUCGUACAUGACGGGCAGCACCGACAGCACCAACAAGAAGGAGCCGGAGCUGGACAGCAACCAGAACGACAACAUCAGCUCCGAGUCCAACCGCAACCUGGAGGCGAAGCGCUGCCACGUGUGCCCGCACGCGUGCGACUUCCUCAAGGAGUCGGACAAGCUGGCGGCCUCGCUGGCCAAGCAGGAGUGCGACAAGUUCGGGCUCAACGAGCUGAAGGUGGAGGGGCUGGACAAGGACGUGUGCCUGUGCGAGAAGUACAACGGCGGCUGCAAGCUGUGCCCGCGGCCCAGCCUGGCGCCCACGCUGGCGCUGGGGCAGGACGCGCGCGACCCCUGCCGGGCCUGCCACCGCGCCGCCUGCAACACCCCAUACCCCCACACAAAUGGCACAUACAACGGGUCGCUACCACACAAGGAGGGCGCGGAGCGAGGCUCAGGGUGGCGGCGCGACGCGGCGAGGCGCGCGCGCGCAUGCUGCUCCACCAAGACGCUCAUGCGGCGCCUGCCCAUCCUGCAGUGGCUGCCCAAGUACACGCCACGAAACGGCCUCGCCGACAUCAUUGCUGGUAUAACAGUGGGCCUGACAGUGAUCCCGCAGGCGAUAGCGUACGCGGGCGUGGCGGGCCUGCCGCCGCAGUACGGGCUGUACUCGUCGUUCAUGGCGUGCUUCGUGUACACGGUGUUCGGCUCGGUGAAGGACUCGGCCAUCGGGCCCACGGCCAUCGCCGCCAUCCUCACGAGAGAGAACCUGCACGGCCUGGGCCCCGAGUUCGCCGUGCUGCUCGCCUUCCUGUCCGGCUGUGUGGAGCUGCUCAUGGGGAUACUGCAGCUCGGCUUCCUGAUCGACUUCAUCAGCGGGCCGGUGUCGGUGGGGUUCACGUCAGCAGCCGCCAUCAUCAUCGCCACCACGCAGGUCAAGGACAUCCUCGGCCUCAGCUUCCCCGGCGGCAAGUUCUUGCAGGUAUGGACGGGUCUGUACGAGCACAUCGGUGAGACGCGCCUGUGGGACUCCGUGCUCGGCAUCUCAUGCAUCAUUGUGCUGCUGCUACUUAGGAAAGUGAAAGACAUAAAAGUGAACCCGAAGCCGGACCCGGAGUGCGCGGAGGGCGGCGGCGCGGGCUCGCGGCUGCGGCGGGCGACUGCGCAUGCGCUGUGGUUCCUCUCCACCACGCGCAACAUCCUCGUCGUGCUGCUGUGCGCCGCGCUCGCAUACUACUUCGACACGCAGCGCCAGGCGCCCUUCGUGCUCACAGGAGAAGUGAAGCCCGGUCUGCCGGAGUUCUCGGCGCCACCGUUCUCGGCCACAGUGGGCAACCACACGUACACGUUCUCGGAGAUGGCGUCCACGCUCGGCUCCGCCAUCUUCGUGGUGCCGCUGCUCUCCAUCCUCGAGAACAUCGCGCUCGCCAAAGUAUUCUCGGAAGGCAAGUACGUGGACGCGACGCAGGAGAUGGUGGCGCUGGGCGUGUGCAACAUGGCGUCGGCGCUGGUGCACUCCAUGCCGGUGUCGGGCGCGCUGUCCCGCGGCGCCGUCAACCACGCCAGCGGCGUCGCCACCACCGCCGGCGGCCUCUACACCGGCGCACUCGUGCUGCUGUCGCUGCAGUACUUCACGCCGUACUUCUACUACAUCCCGAAAGCGUCACUAGCGGCUGUCAUUAUAGCCGCUGUUGUGUUCAUGAUGGAGCUGCAUGUAUUCAAGCCCAUUUGGAGGACUAAAAAAUUGGACCUGAUCCCGGCGGUAGUAACUUUUGUGACGUGCCUGAUGCUGAGGUUAGAGCUGGGUAUAGUGAUCGGCAUCGCCGUCAAUCUAGUGUUCCUGCUGUACGCGUCCGCCAGGCCGUCCGUCAAAGUCACCACGGCUGUGUCGAGCGACGGCAUCCAGCACCUGGUGGCGGUGGUGGACCGCUCGCUGUCGUUCCCGUCGGCGGAGUUCGUGCGGCGCGCGCUGCGCAAGGCGGCCGAGCGCCACGCGCACCGCACGCCGCUCGUGCUCGACGCCACGCACGUGCAGGCCGCCGACUUCACCGCCGCCAAGGGCAUUAAGGCGCUGAUAGACGACUUCCACGCGCGCGGGCAGACGAUCAUCUUCUACAACGUGAAGCCGUCGAUCGCGGAGGUGUUCCGCGGCGUGCGGCCGCGCGAGUUCCUGCACUGCUCGUGCCGCGCCGAGCUCGACCGCCUGCUGCUCGCCGCCGCCGCGCCGACUGUCUAGCUUGGCGCAGCCGUCUCCCCAGAUCUCCAGUACCUUGACACACGACACAGUAUUGUUAGCGAUACCUAUGUAUUUAUACUAGCCUAGUUAUGUUAGGUAGCCUAAGUGUUGACGGUCCGCGGGACGCAGUCAAAUAAACGUGUUGGUUAUUUUAAAAA